AUGGCUCAUCUCGCGUUUCUCGCUGUAGAAAGCCAGCCGGAGUUACGGAGGAAGUUUUUUAAAACCAGCGACCCCAAUGAUAUUAAAAACCUUCAACUCAUCUACGCAAAUAUUGAAAGGGAAUGCAAGAAAAACAGUCACGAAAUUGAAUUUUUCUGUCAGCACGAUAAGAGUUUCUUUAUACUCGGGCUUUCGUUUAUCGACUCAAUCGGGGGAACAGACAAUUAUGGUGCUACUUCUGAGGCCGAAUGUUUAGAGCUAGAUCGGGAGAAGAGCCUUGAUAACGGCAAGAAUAUCGAGUGGUUUGCUUGGCGUGCGGCGGGAAACACAGGCGACGAGGACGACGACGACGACGACAACGAAAACAAAAGUCAUGCCCCUGGCUGGUACUAUAAUACAGCCAUUAUUAUCCGCAACAUCGCCAUUAGGAGGCCACUAUCGUGGAUCAGCUGCUGCGAGCUGGCAAAGACCCAGGCCACGAUGGCCGAAUAUAAAGCCCACGGCCAGUGCGAACUGGGAAGUAUUAAGGGGCUGAAAAACACGAAAAAGGAAGCGCAGUGUAGGAUCCAGUCGGGUCACCAAAAUGGGCAAAUUGAUCACAUGGAAAUUCUCAGCGAAGGAGCCGCCGAAGAUUGGUCCGAGCACCAACCCCAUCGUGAACCCAGUCCCAACGAUGCCUCAAGUAGAAUCAUCGCCGAUAGGUGCCAACAAACUAGCUUCUGUGCUAUGCAGCAUGCUUACCCUGGCCGUGACACCAGGAAUUUAUUGGAGAACCUCAGUGCAUCAGGCACUAUUAACGAAGAUUUCCAACUGAAGACCAAAGAGAGAUUACAAUUGACGGCGCGCGGAGAGACGAGUUUAAAUCCGGAUCAGUGGACCCCAAUGUCCGAGCUCUGGCUCGGCGAGGCUGAUGGAGCCGAGGCGUGCUUCGGAGGGUAG